AUGGCCAUGGACGUGGAGUACGAGGAGUACGCCUCCACAACCUCGUCCAAGCACCACGGCUGGAAGGUGGAGACGAGCAGGCGGCACGUCGAGCGCCGGGAGCUCGAAGAUCUCGAGGCGAAGAUCGCCGCGGCGUACGCGCGGAUCGACGCGGGGGACACCGUCGCGGACCUCACCGCGCCCGCGGCGGUGAAGCGCAUCAAGGACAUGGACCGACUGGGCAUCGGCCACGACGUCGGGAUGUACCUCGCGUACCCGGAACGACGGGGAUACGACGUGGAGUACGCCGACGCCGAGGGGACGGGUAAUGACGCGAGCGAUGAUGACAAGACGGUGAGCCUCGGCGACGGGGUGAUGGUGCGACGCGCGGACCCGAACAUGCGCGGCGAGGACCUAAUCCGGCGCAUGCCCCUCGUCAAGGUGGGGGGAGAAGCGUCGGCGAAGGGGAAGAGGGGCGGCGGCGCGCUGCCGGAGCCCGAGGAGGGCUCCGUGCCCGUCGGGUCCAACGCCGUCGUCCUUCACAGGGCGGGCGCCGGGCGAGGCUCGGAGGGUGAAAACUCGAGGGCGCUGGCGGCGACGGGACAGGUGGGUCCCGCGGUGGUGAGGCCCAAACGAGAGGUGCUGUACGACGUGUCGCACGGCGUGGACAUGCGGAGGGGCGCGACGGACGAGGAGAAGGACGCGGCGGUGCUGGACAAGGACGGAAAGAUGCCCAAGACGGCGUACAAGGACCUCAGCCUCGUGGACUGA